AUGGCGAUUGGCCUGGCAGCUCUGGGGCUCCUCGCUUUCCUGCUCGGCUGCUCGGGAACCUUUGCCGAACCCCAAAACUCGGAGCGACCCGUCAAGUGCUCCCUGACCGGCAUCUGGAUGAAUGACCAUGGGAACACCAUAGAGAUCAACAGCGUUAGUGACACGGGGGUGUUGAGCGGCGUCUUCUUUCUCUAUUCGACAAAGCACAUCUAUCCAUCCUCGCUGCAGGGCAUCCAGCACCAGUGGACCCAGCCUACCUUUGGCCUCAUCGUCAGCGGGGAGCUCGAUGGACAUACCUUCGUCUUUGCGGGCCAGUGUCUGGUGGACGAGAACGGAAAGGAGCAGCUGAGGACAACCUGGGUGGUGCGUAGCGAAGUGGAAUUCCCAGAAGACGUUUGGGGGGCGACCCGCCUUCGCACCAGCAUCUUCUACCGCAUCAAAUGA